ACCACAAUACGAUAUAACUUUUUUUGUCAGACUUAUUGAACUUUUGUUCUCACUCCUUUACAACCAACGUAUACACAUUACUGUGUAUUUUCUUUCACAACCCGGACCUCUUUUGCUUUUAACACGAACUUUGCCCCUUAUAGCAAUUGAUAACCGUAUGAAGGACUUUACGCACUCAUCUGCAAAGAAUUGACAGCCAAUAAUAUCUUGAUGGCGGCGAGGGAACCCAGUAUAUGUGUGUUAGGAGCUGGGGUUAUUGGACUUUCCAGUGCGGUGCGGAUCCAGGACGAAUUCCCUCGUUGUGAUGUCACUCUUUUGGCUGACAGAUUUAGUCCGGAUACAACGUCCGACGGAUCCGGGGGAUUCUGGCUUCCCCAUCUAGUGGGCGGAACCAACCAGGAUUCAAUCUCUAAAUGGAGUGCAAGCACCUUGGAUUAUAUGAUAUCUUUAACAAAAUCCCCGCUGGCCAAUCAGAUCGGAGUACACCUGUUGUCGGGCUAUUCCUUCUUCUCCGAACCACAGUGUCCAGAAUGGCGGAAAUUAGUGCUGGGAUACCGGGAGGUGACCGACAAAGAGUUGAAGCUGCUUCUUCCAAAAGCGAAGUUUGGCGUAUUUUAUACCACGGUCAUGAUCAAUGUGAAGGCUUACCUCCCUUGGUUAAUUUCAAGGUUUAAACAGAAAAACGGAAAAGUGAUUCAAUCCAGAGCUGACAAAAUCGAAGACCUGCUGCAGAAGUACGACAUCGUUGUCAACUGUACUGGAAUAGGAGCCAAUAAACUGGCCAACGACAGUGACGUCAUACCUAUUCGUGGACAGGUCACUAGGGUGAAAGCUCCUUGGAUCAAACAUUUCAUGACAUAUGAAGGAUCUGAUGAACACUGUGAAAAAUACAUUCUGCCAGGAACUGAUACAGUCGUUCUAGGAGGCACGGGUCAACGAGGAGACUGGAAUACACAAAUCGACGACAGAGACCAACAGAUGAUCUGGGACGGGUGUCUGGAAAUGAUACCUAGUCUGAAGCACGCGGAAGUGAUAAGACAUUGGGCGGGUCUCCGUCCCCACAGAUCGUCUGGUGUUCGAAUUGAAACUGAAAAGUUUUCUGGUGGAAAAAUGGUGGUACAUAAUUACGGACAUGGGGGUGCAGGAGUCACAUUACACUGGGGGUGUGCUGGACAAGUCGUAGAGGAAAUUCGGGCAGCGAUCAAGUCAACAGUUUCAAGACUGUGAUACAUGUAAAACACGACAGUAUACUAGUAUAUCAAUCAUACUUGUAUGCUUCAUACAUAUUUUGAUAUGCUAAGAUAGUUUGAGGUCACAAUGAACAGUGUUUAUUUUUAAAAUAAUCAGACUCUUUUAUUCAAGGUAAAACGAGUAAUUAAAAUAACUAGACACGAUGUUAAAAUUUUUGAUGAUGUUCAAAUUCUAUAUAUUUUUUAAAUGAAUAGAAAUUUAAUAUAUGAUUUAACUUUAAUAAAAGAAACAUACCAAAUCAAUUGCAUUAUGUACAUUGUUUAAGGAAUUAUUUAUAACAUUAAUUAUCUUUCUUUUAUUUGGAAAUAAGUACAGUUGAGAAUGUCCCAAGCCUGCUGACGUUCAUAAAAUUAUUAUGGAUAAUUAGGCGCAUCUCAGCUGUGCUCUUUCAGUGUAUCUCACUUUCAGUGUAUAUAUUCUAUAUUACCAUACAUUACAAAGCAUCUUGAUUCACGUGAUGCUUUUAAACACAUCCAUUUUAGGCUACGUCACAAUUGUCUUUUUUAACAAAACUACGAAAUGUGAUUUGUAAUAAGUCUAUGAUUUGAUACAAGGUUUAGCAUGUAAAUGAUUUUUCAUAACAUUCAUUUAGAAAUUAGCCAACAUUUGAUCCAUUCUGAGUGAAUU